CGUUGCUUUAUCUGUUUUAUAAUUUAACUGUAUUUACAUACACGUACAUGUAUUUAAAAGUACCGCACGAUCAUUUCUUUUAUAAUCUUUAUAACAUCACACAAUGGACAACGUGCAAAAUAAAACGGCGAUAGUCACUGGAGCUGGCUCCGGUAUUGGCUACUGUAUUACUGAAGAAUUAUUGCGCAAAGGCGCAAAGAAAGUCGCUAUCAUUGAUUUACCGAUAGCACGUAGUUAUGAUGCGACAGUAACUUUGCAAGAAAAAUUCGGAAAAGACCGUGUUAUCCUCUUUCCAAUUGAUUUAACGAACUUAGAAGUGUACAGAGAAACCUUCAAGCAAAUUAUUAAGGUUCUCAACGGACUUGACAUACUUGUUAACAAUGCUGGAAUAUGUGAUGAUCAGUGUGUCGAGCAAACAUUUGCUAUUAAUGUUGUAGCACUAAUUCGCGGCUCACUGUUCGGCUUAGAUUAUAUGGGUAAACAUAAAGGUGGCAAAGGAGGUACUAUAAUAAAUGUAGCGUCAUUAGCUGGUGUUAAUCCUUUCCCUUUAUGUCCGGUGUACAGCUCUUCAAAAUUUGCUGUUGUUGGAUUUGCUCUCAAUAUUGAGAAAUUUUAUUCUAAAACGGGAGUUCGUAUUCUAACAAUAUGUCCUGGUUUUACAGUAACGCCAUUGUACAAUAUUGAAACAAGAGAACCUCUUAAUUUUAUUGAUGAUAAAGCUAUUAAAAUGCUUCCUGAUGAGGCACAAAAAAGUUUUUAUGAAGCUCAAUCUGCUGAGCAUGUAGGACAAUCUGUAGUCGCGGUUAUUCAAAAGGGUAAAAACGGAUCAAUUUGGGCUGUCCGUAAUAGUGAACCGCCAUUUCCGAUCGAAUUACCGAAAUAUGUCGCCGGUGGGAUGUGAAAUUUUUCAACGCUGGAAACAAACCGCUUUACACGAAGAACGACAUGUGCAAAAAAAGAGAAGAAAUCUCUAUAAGUGAGAAAAAAUUCUCACAAAAUAAUAUAUCAACUACAUCGACAUAUAAAGACAGAAAAAGUACUAUAAAGUAAAUAAAUAAAUAAUAUAA